CUGGCCAAACAUCCUCCUUUCUCUCUCCACUUCAUUCAUUCAUCCAACGUCCCACCCUUCAAAACCCAACAGUUUUUGAAUUCACAAAAAUCCCUUAAAAAUUAAUUUGAUUGAAUUCGUUGACUCACGCACUUUACCAUCUCCUUUUCGGAAGAAUAAUGGAUUAUGAGGUUGAUGGUGAUGUUGAUGGUGAAGUGGUGGGAAGUUCUGCAGAUACAGAGGGGAGGGUCGGCGAUGAAAAUGAUAUGGGAGGAAGUUCUGUUGAGGGGGGACAAAGCCAGGAUGAUAAAAUGAAUGAAGAAUUAUCUGAAAAGGAAGUUGUCCCAGUUGAGGAACCAUUAAAUGAGCCUUUUGUAGGGCAAGAGUUUGAGUCAGAAGCAGCUGCACAUGCAUUUUACAACACGUAUGCUACACAGUUGGGGUUCGUAAUACGAGUUAGCAAGUUAUCUCGGUCAAGGCGUGAUGGUUCUGCUAUUGGUAGAGCCUUGGUCUGUAAUAAAGAGGGUUACAGACUGCCUGACAAACGUGAGAAAGUCGUGAGGCAAAGGGCUGAAACUAGGGUUGGAUGUAGGGCAAUGAUUUUGGUAAGGAAAAUGAAUUCUGGUAUAUGGGUAAUUACAAAGUGUGUAAAAGAACACACACAUCCUUUAACGCCGGGAAAGGGCCGAAAAGAUCUUAUCUUUGAGCAGUAUCCGAAUGAGCAUGAUAAAAUCCGGGAACUAACCCAGCAGUUAGCUAUUGAGAAAAAACGAGCUGCCACAUACAAAAGGCAUCUCGAAAUGGUGUUUGAGCACAUCGAGGAACAUAACCAGAGUCUUUCUAAGAAGAUCAAAGAUAUCGUAGGCAGUGUUAGAGAGUUCGAGUCAAGAGAGAAAGAUAACUGUAGAUAGUAUUUGGUGCUCUUUUACUUACACAUUGUAGUGAUAUUCAAUUUGAAAUCUUGUGUGCAGAAUAAUUCUGUGAGAUUAGGGUAAUAGUUUUAUUUCUUUACUGACCACAGUUUUUUUCAUUACAGCAAUGUUAAUUCUAAGCUAACAAUCAUUUUUACAGCUCACUGGUAGCUUGGAACACAUCUGAAUCAUCAUUAUUGGUGAUUAUUGUAAGAUUGAGCUUCCCAGUGCUCCCUUGUUUGAUAUAGAAAAAAUGCAUUACUGUGUAUAUUUAUCAGCCA